AUAAACAUAAAACUAGAUAGAUAGUUAUAGAUACUUUUGUUUUACUAUAGCUACACAUAGGUAUAUAUAUAUAGUAUAAUUUCUGAGAGACUAUCUUUGGUGAAAUCUGAACUAUUUAUACGUUUUAGCUAUAGUAAAGUAAAAGGUAAGGUUUGUAAUUCAAAAUAUAAACUUUUCAUGACGUAAAAUAGGCGAGAAAAUGCAGGGAAUGUUACUUUGCUCAUAAUUAUAAAAUCAAAAAAAAUGUUUAUUCAAAUUAAUACCAGAGGCAUGUUGUUAUAGUUAUGUAUAUCUAUACCAUGUAAAGAGCAUCCAUACCAUCCAUACACAUGUCUGAGGCGUUACAUAUUGUAAAUGCGGAAAGGAAACACUUGUAUUUAAACAAUUGUAAUUUUAUCUUUCGUCACGAUUUCUUUCAUGAACAUCAUAUUUCAUAUCUAUGUAAAAUGAAUAAAAGACAAAAUAUUACAAGCAUGUGUUUUAUUGUAGUAACGAUCGUAGCUGAUAAUUGUCGCAAUAUAGUAUUAUGUCGCUCAGUAAUAAAGUUAUUAGUGUAGUAUUUUUAAUUUUAUUUUUUGGUUUCUUUGAAUGCAAGAGGGUUAAAAGAGUGAUUGGCGGAUCAGAGGUGCCUUGUGGCGUUCAAACCGGAGUGGCAUCUUUGAGAAAUGCAACUGAUAGCCGCCACCUUUGCGGCGCGUUUAUCCUGACCCCGUAUGCGGCCAUAACAGCAGCGCACUGCGUGGAACACGACCCAGAAGAAUAUUCCGUCUAUCUCAAUAACUAUUGUACAAGAGAUAACGAGAUUAUACCGAACACACAAGUUUUGGAAGUCAUUAGACAUCCACUUUACAAUCGAUUCACACGCACUCAUGACGUUGCAGUAUUGCGGUUGCACCUCACUGAUGACAUAACUUGGCUGAAUGAUACAGUGUUACCCAACUCCUCAUUCGGUUUAUCAGGAGACUGCAUGAUUUACGGCUAUGGCUACAAAGAUUUACACACAAAAGAGCUUUCCCAGACACUGCUAGCUGCAAACGUGAAAAUUUUAUCGCUGGAUCAGUGCAUUGAAUCAUUAGGAGAAUACGUGGCCCCGACAUACGACAGCGGAAUGCUGUGUGCUUUGGGCGACGGAGUAGACGCUUGUGAGGGCGACUCUGGAGGACCACUCAUAUGCGCGGGUAAAGUCGAGGGUAUAGCCAGUUAUGGCGUCAGCUGUGGGGUACCCGGUCUGCCUGGAGUGUACACCAGCAUUGGGGCUAAUUUGCAUUGGCUUCGCGGAUUGUUGGAAGAACUACAGUACACCAAUUAAUAUAAUACAUAAAUAGUUAAUUAAAUACCUAAGUACUUGAUUUUACAUUUACGCCAUGACACUGUAGCCGUGCGUUGACAAAAAUCGACUAUUGACGGUCUCAGCCGAUUCGACGCCAUACUUCCAUUCCGUUUAAUUGUAUAAUAAGGAAUAUUUAGUAAUAAAUAAAUUAUUUUUA